UAAGAAAAAUUUUCAUUAUUUGACAGUGGACAACGACGACGUAUUUUCGUAUGGAAUAGUGGAAAUUUGAUUUAUUUAAAUAAUUUUUUCACUUUCCAUUAUUUUUUAAGCCUAAUUUUGUUGUUGAUUUCAUUUAAAAUUUAAUUUUUCACACAAUUACUGGUUUGAAUUUUGUUUGUCAAGAGAGUAAUUGAAAAAAGCUGAAGUGAAACAAAGGAAAAAUGCAGGCGAUAAGAUCGUUGAUAUUGACGUUGUGUGUCAUCAGUUUGGCAUUCGCGGAACAUUCUCCAGUAUUUUUAUGGGGCGCCAACAGUGAGGCUAAACCAUCAUUGGCAACUGUGUCUGGCGACGAAUUUGCCGAACUCGUGACUCCUCUCUUGGCUCAAAAGGCCUUGGUUGUGUUUAUGGAAAACGAUUUGACCAACAAGGAUUUCUUGUGCUCCACUGAUGGAAAAUCAUGCUAUGCACGAUUACAAGGUGUGAGUGAUAAAACAUAUUAUGCCGCUGUCGAAAAUCCCGUGGAAUCCUUGAAAACUAUCGAUGGAGAAGAAGAAUACAAUUCCGUUGAUGCUUCUGGUAAAUUUUCCAAACCUUUGGAAACAGCUGCUGGUAAAAUCAAUUUUGUGAAAUUCAACGAUGAACAAUCUUCCGUACGUGGAUCCAAUUUGCAAUCGCAUGAUUCCAUUAUUGCGUCGGUUACUUCCCAGCUUGGUGACAAUGUUUUCUUUAUGUAUACAUCUGCCCCAUCUACCUCUUUGCUAAAACGUCAACGUCGCGAAACUACAGAUAACUCCCAAGGUUAUGUGUUCCGUGAAGGCUCUAAAUUUUUGCUUUAUUUUACAUCAUUGAGCGUAAUUAACGAGAAUUCCGUCACUGCUUUAGAUAUUAACGCUAUGACUGUAAAGGCGGAUAAUGCAACUGAAAUGUCAGUUACCUUAACACCAACAACUGGCUCACCCUUAACUUUUGAUUUAACACUUGCUGGUGGUUAUUUCUUUAUGAAGAAUGUAAUGUACAAUAACGUAAAGUUCCUCAGUUCGGAUGUGUAUGCCCCAACCGAUUUUUCAUAUUUCUGCGGAAACUUAACCUUAAUUAGUCUUGCUACUGAUGAUGUUCCUGCACAUACUUUAAAGUGGAAUUCUUUACAAUUCCAAGCACCUUUUGGCCGCACCGAUAAUACCACAUUUAUAUUCGGUGAUGCCUGGCAUUGUGUUGGCUUUUUCACAGGUGGUAUUUUGUCAGGUCUUUUGAUUGUUGCACUUCUGCUAACAAUCACAUUUAUUGGCGUUUGCUGGAUGAUGGAUAUUAAUACAAUGGAUCGAUUCGAUGAUCCUAAGGGAAAAACCAUUACUAUAAACGCUAGCGAUUAAAAAAUUAUACAUAUAAAAAACUAAAUAUACAUAAAUAUGUAUAAAUAUUUUUCCUUCUAAAAUUAAUUGCAUCCAAUCUUAAAAUUCAUUCCCUGAUUUUAGUUAUACAUAAUUAUUUUGUUUUUGAAAUAUCUAUUUAAAAAUUACAAGUAAAAUACUAAAUUUGGAAAUUAAUUUAAAAUGAGUGUGUUAAAUGAAUAAUAUAAGCCACCAAUUUUCCUUUGCUUGGGUUAGUUCAGCAUCCAUAUUCAAGUCUAGGAAAAUUGCUGCCUUUUUGUUGUGUAUUUUAUUUUAAUUUUUUUUUUCUCUACACUAUAUUAAAAAUUAUUUCUUCGUAUUUGCUACAAAAGUAUUGAAAAUUCGCACAAAUUGACAGACUGUGUUUUGUGGUUGUGUACAUGAUUAUCGAUGAAAAGUUUCGUAUUUUAUAAACUUAUGUAUUUUUUAUAUACCCUUUAUUGUAAACGGUUUAAAGUUUGUCAAUAAAAUGUUUAUUAUCUUGUUUGUUAAA